AUGAAGAAGAAAACUUCAAAAUCUUUCCACAAUAAACUUCCAGCUGCCCCUGUGAAUAAGAAAACUUCAGCACCUUUUGGCAAUCCUACUCCAACUACUCCUCUGAAUAGAAUACUGUCAACAGUUCAGAGUGGUUCAAAUGGUCAACAAAUUCCAGGGUUUAAUGAUAUUCAUAACCAAAAUAGUUCUAAAACUAGAUUUUCAAAUUUGGCUUAUAUUCCCAACCCAACAGACUCUGUAAAGACAACAACUUCAAAUCAUUCCCACAGUCCCACUACAACUACAGUGAAUAGAAAAUCAUCAAAUCCUUCUGAAAAAUCCAUUCCAAAUACCCUGGUCAAUCAGAAAACAACAAACCGUUCCUACAGUCCCACUCCAAAUACCCCUGUCAACAGGCGAACAACAAACCGUUCUUACAAUCCCAUUCUAAAUACCCCUGUCAACAGGCGACCGACAAGCCGUUCUUACAAUCCCACUCCAAAUCCCCCUGUCAACAGGAAACCGGCAAGCCGUUCUUACAAUCCCACUCCAAAUCCCCCUGUCAACAGGCGAACAACAAACCGUUCUUACAAUCCCACUCCAAAUACCCCUGUCAACAGGCAAAUGACAAGCCGUUCUUAUAAUCCCAUUCCAAACACCCCUGUCAACAGGCGAACGACAAACCGUUCUUACAAUCCCACUCCAAAUACCCCUGUCAACAGGCGAACGACAAACCGUUCUUACAAUCCCACUCCAAAUACCCCUGUCAACAGGCGAACGAUAAGCCGUUCUUAUAAUCCCAUUCCAAAUACCCCUGUCAACAGGCGAACGACAAACCGUUCUUACAAUCCCACUCCAAAUACCCCUGUCAACAGGCGAACGACAAACCGUUCUUACAAUCCCACUCCAAAUACCCCUGUCAACAGGCGAACGAUAAGCCGUUCUUAUAAUCCCAUUCCAAAUACCCCUGUCAACAGGCGACCGACAAGCCGUUCUUACAAUCCCACUCCAAAUCCCCCUGUCAACAGGAAACCGGCAAGCCGUUCUUACAAUCCCACUCCAAAUACCCCUGUCAACAGGCGAACAACAAACCGUUCUUACAAUCCCACUCCAAAUACCCCUGUCAACAGGCAAAUGACAAGCCGUUCUUAUAAUCCCAUUCCAAACACCCCUGUCAACAGGCGAACGACAAACCGUUCUUACAAUCCCACUCCAAAUACCCCUGUCAACAGGCGAACGACAAACCGUUCUUACAAUCCCACUCCAAAUACCCCUGUCAACAGGCGAACGAUAAGCCGUUCUUAUAAUCCCAUUCCAAAUACCCCUGUCAACAGGCGAACGACAAACCGUUCUUACAAUCCCACUCCAAAUACCCCUGUCAACAGGCGAACGACAAACCGUUCUUACAAUCCCACUCCAAAUACCCCUGUCAACAGGCGAACGAUAAGCCGUUCUUAUAAUCCCAUUCCAAAUACCCCUGUCAACAGGCGAACGACAAACCGUUCUUACAAUCCCACUCCAAAUACCCCCGUCAACAGGCGAACGAUAAGCCGUUCUUAUAAUCCCAUUCCAAAUACCCCUGUCAACAGGCGAACGACAAACCGUUCUUACAAUCCCACUCCAAAUACCCCUGUCAACAGGCGAACGACAAACCGUUCUUACAAUCCCACUCCAAAUACCCCCGUCAACAGGCGAACGAUAAGCCGUUCUUAUAAUCCCACUCCAAAUCCCCCUGUCAACAGGCGAACGACAAACCGUUCUUACAAUCCCACUCCAAAUCCCCCUGUCAACAGGCGAACGACAAACCGUUCUUACAAUCCCACUCCAAAUCCCCCUGUCAACAGGCGAACGACAAACCGUUCUUACAAUCCCACUCCAAAUACCCCUGUCAACAGGCGAACGACAAACCGUUCUUACAAUCCCACUCCAAAUACCCCUGUCAACAGGCGAACGACAAACCGUUCUUACAAUCCCACUCGAAAUACCCCUGUCAACAGGCGAAUGACGAACCGUUCUUACAAGCCUACUCCAAAUACCCCUGUCAACAGGCGAAUGACGAACCGUUCUUACAAGCCUACUCCAAAUACCCCUGUCAACAGGCAAACGACAAACCGUUCUUACAAUCCCACUCCAAAUAGCCCUGUCAACAGGCGAACUACAAGCCAUUCUUACAUUUCUACUCCAAAUACCCCUAAGCUUGACACCAUCAAGGAUGAAGCAACCCACUUGUUUGGCACCACACCUACAAACAUCAACUCCCUCCACCACCAAAGUUCAGAAGCAGCAGUGUUAUAUCUACAUGUGCAGCGCAGAAAUUCACCAAAGAUUCUGAAGAACCUGAGGUCCUAA